AUGCAGCGCCAUACUUACGGAGAAAGUGGGUUGAAGAAAGGAGAUCGUCUGAGAGAAGAUCAUCAUCUUCACGUCAAGCUUAUCCCGCCCGGUAAGAACAAGAAUGAUAAGGGUGACGCACCGAAUGGUCCUCUUCUUAUCCGAGAAUUAUACAAUACGAAGUUCGUCUCGGAGAACGCGUACCUAGAAUUCAAGAGUAUCGUUGUCGUUGAACUGGACGAGCACGUCGACCUGGACGGCCGGCUAGAGCCGAGCAGCUGGUUCGAUUUGUUUGGGCUGUACAUCUCUACCAUUGUGAGCGCUGCAAACGAUCAGCUGAAAAGUACUCCAAGCCACAAGGGACAGGCUAAGACUAUUGUUAAUAGUCUUGUCAACGCAGUCGUUGAGAGCUUGGACGGGCCAGCCGGCGCAGUCUCGACAGGUCGACAUCAAACCAGCGCUUUGGACGAAGUCACACCUCCGACCCAGAUCGCACAUGGUGAGGUCAAUAAGCAGAUAAGCUCAACGAACACUUUUGCUCAAAAUCAGCUGAUCGAAACAUGCAAUGGCAACAUCAGCCAGCAAGCUACGGAAGUGCAAUAUGCUCGCGAACGUUCAAAAAACUACGGAAUACGCGAGCGCAGUAGGUCCCUACGUAGAUCAUAUGAGGAAACGUCUUCCGAGCAUGACAAUCGUGUCCGCAAUUAUCGGUUUUCUCUCGAUUAUGGAGACGAGCGUAGACGUCCGGGAGGCGAUUGGCAGAGUAGUCGUAGGGAAGAUCGUCAUACUGUACGAGACUCGCGGCGCGGUGGCCGAAAUCGUCGAUCCGAAUAUAACGAGAGUCCUGUACUCGGUGAAGAUGCCCCUGCUGAGCGGGAGUAUCAUGGAAAUGACCGCCAAUUUGAUCGGCUUAAUGGGUGGAGGCAGGGGCGUGUUGGCGGCAUGAAUGCGAAUCGGCGAGAUGGGGGCUCAGGUAGAGAUGGCAGAAGGUGA